ACCCAUAAUACAGUACUCGUACUGCUUUGAAAAGCUUGAACCAACAGCCAUGGCGAUGGACGUGAGACCAUUUCCUUCCCGUUUUCGUCUCCUUAAUCCGGACACGAACGUGUCCUUUUUUUCGUCUGAGAGAGCGAGAGAGAGAAUCGAAGGUGGGCGGUGAAUCGAAAAAAUCGAAGAAAUUCAAGCUGAAUCUCACCACACAAUCCAGAAUCCAAGCCCGGUUGUUGAUAUUGUACUAUUCGAAGAAGGAUUGAUAGAUUUUUCGGUUUCUGUUUUUUUUUUCUUUCUCAUGUGAAUAGAUCAUUCGUUGAUUCGUUGUUUGACGUAUGAGAACAGGGGGUUUGUGUGUAUUUGAUGUGUGUUUGAUUUUUAUUUGAUUGAUUGGAAGAGGAAGAGGAGGAGGAGGAGGAGGAGGAGAUUGAGAAUGGCCUUGAUUGAUUUGAGGUUAUUGCUUGUGGUUGUGCUAGUGGUGGUGGUGGCGGUGGUGGUGGAGGGGAAUGUGGUGUUUAAGGUGAAGCAUAAGUAUGGUGGGCGUGCGAGCUCCGCCUUGGCGGAGCUCAAGGCCCACGAUUCCCAUCGCCAUGGACGUAUGCUGUCUUCUGUUGACUUCCAAUUGGGCGGCAAUGGCCAGCCCACCGAUGCUGCGUUGUACUACACCAAACUUUCUAUUGGAACGCCUUCAAUCGACUAUCAUGUCCAGGUUGAUACUGGAAGUGACAUUCUGUGGGUGAACUGUGCUGGCUGCGACAAGUGCCCUAAAAAGAGCAACCUUGGGAUAGACUUGAAGCUUUAUGAUGUAAAGGCCUCUUCAACAGCACAAGCUGUUACUUGCGACCAACAUCUUUGCGCCACUAUGUUCAAUGCGCCAUAUACCGAUUGCAAGGUUGGAAUGGCUUGCGAGUUUCAAGUUACUUAUGGAGAUGGCAGUGCCACUGCAGGAUACUUUAUUCAAGACGAGGUUCAUUUUGAACAAGUGACCGGAAACCUUCAAACCUCAUCCAUGAAAGGGCCAAUAGGAUUUGGGUGCUCAGCCAAACAAUCUGGAGAAUUAGGUACAUCUACCGCAGCAGUUGACGGGAUAAUUGGUUUCGGACAAGCGAACUCAUCUGUCAUUUCACAGCUAGCAGCAUCUGGGAAGGUGAAAAAGAUAUUUUCACACUGCUUGGAUAAUAAGAAUGGGGGUGGCAUCUUUGCUAUCGGACAAAUAGUUGAACCCAAAGUAAAUUCAACACCACUUGUUGAAAAUGAGCCACACUAUAAUGUUGUUAUGGAACAAAUAGAUGUGGGUGGUGAAGCUCUAGACAUUCGAACAUCUUUCUUUGACUCGGGAGUUAGAAAUAUGAUAGUUGAUAGUGGCACAACAUUGGCUUAUCUUCCAGAUUCAAUCUUUAAGCCUCUCAUGAACAAGUUGAUGGAAAAGCAAGGUGAUCUGAAUGUCCAUAGAGUUGAAGGGUUCCAAUGCAUAAACUACAAUGGGAAUGUUGAUGAUGGGUUCCCUGUUGUAACUUUCACAUUCAACGGUUCACUUAAGUUGACAGUUUAUCCACAUGAUUAUCUUUUCCAAGUUCACGAUAACGAGUAUUGCUUCGGUUGGCAGACCAGUGGAAUGCAGACAAGAGAUGGGAAGGAAAUGACCCUUUUGGGAGAUCUUGUACUCUCUGGCAAGUUGGUUGUGUAUGAUCUCGAAAGCCAAACUGUUGGCUUCACUGAAUAUAACUGUUCUUCAAGCAUCAAAGUGAAGGAGGAAGGCUCUGGAAAUACAUACAGUGUGGGCGCCCACGACAUUUCGGUCAGUAACUCGGGUCGGGCAAACAGCGGGAAUGUGUAUAUACUAUUUCUGUUUAUAUCCCUCUUCUGCAGUUUCAUGAACUGAGAUGUCCCAGACUACAGUAACCACAAGUCUCAUUUGAUGAUAUGCUGUAAAUAUUUACAAAAGAAAGAAAGAAAGAAUAAUCAUUGAAGUGCUGUGAGAGUUGAGCAUGUUUUUUGUCCUCCAUUCUGUUUUUAUUAUUCUUAAGGGGAAAUCAAAGUUUUGUGAAAUGGUGUUUUAGUGACUCCUGCAAAAGUCCAUAGAAAUUUGAGAGUUGUAAAUUGAUUUGAGUUAUCAACCUAAGGUUUAU